GGCGGUGAGAAGGCGAUGGGGCGCCCUCUGCCUCUCGGUCUUCUCCGACAUGAGCGUCGCCUCUUUUUGAGAGGCGGCUACAGGGCCUGCCGUCAUUCGAUGGACGGUGGCGUGUGUUCUUGCGUACCAAGCGCGAAAGGCCAGCUUAGGACUCGACUGGUCUGGUCUGGGGCGCGGGCAUUUUGACCGGGCCGUGGAAGCCGCCGGGCGUGAACACAUCGCGAACCCGCUUUCGUUGCCGGGCAUCUCGAUGGCGUCGGCUCUGUCAGAUUCCAUGUAUGAAAACAUGCUGCUCUAAUCCUCACUACUACAAAUGCAGUUUCCCCUCCUUUUGGUUCCUUGAGAUGGUCUUGCCUCCAAAGCAUUGAACUGGGAAUUGGACAGAAGCAUAGCACUGGAGGAUCCUAUAUUGAUCCGUUAUUUUAAAGGCCACAAAAAUGCAGUCUCCUGUGUAGCCUUCAAUCCAACCACUAAAGCACUUGCUACAUCUUCUUUGGACCGGUUUCUCAUGAUAUGGAAUUUGAGAUCAAACUCCAAAGCUUUUAGAUUUGUGGGUCACUUAGAAGGUGUAACUUGUGUACAGUUUUCACCAGAUGGACACUUGCUUGCAAGUGCUUCUCAAGAUAGAACAGCUAGAUUAUGGAUUCCUUGUAUAUAUGGAGAAUCUGUGUCUUUGAAAGGCCAUAUUGCACCAGUUUGCAGUGUAAACUUUUCACAGGACAACCAGUUUCUAGCUACUGCAUCCAAUGACAAAACAGUAAAAGUGUGGAGCGUUCAUAGCCAACGCCUUUUGUUUACCUUAUCCCAGCACACACACUGGGUGCGCUGUGCCAAAUACUCACCAGAUGGAAGAUUAAUAGUAUCUUGCAGUGAAGAUAAAACUGUGAAAGUCUGGGAUGUUAGAAACAAGACAUGCAUUGACAGUAUAAUAGACUAUGACGGAUUUGCAAAUUAUGUGGACUUCAGUCCUGAUGGUACUUGUAUAGCUUGUGCAGGUUCUGAUCACACUGUGAAGAUCUGGGAUAUAAGAAUUAACAAAUUAUUGCAACAACACCAAGUUCACAGAGCUGGUGUUAAUUGCACAUCUUUCCAUCCUUCUGGUAACUAUCUCAUCACUGCCUCUGAUGAUGGUACCCUUAAGAUUAUGGAUCUUUUAGGAGGAAGACUUCUAUAUACACUUCAUGGGCAUGAGGGGCCAGUCCUCUCUGUAGCCUUUUCAAAAGGUGGGGAAACAUUUGCCUCUGGUGGUUCAGAUGCACAGGUACUGUUGUGGAAAACAAAUUUUGAUGCAUUAGAAUAUAAAAAACUUCUUAAAGAACACAUGCGAAGAAUACAUACGGAUGAGCCUCCUCACCUUCUUGAUAUUUACCCUCGAUCACCCCAUCGGCAUAAUGCAAAAUCACAGUCUGUUGAGAUAAAUCCCAGCUAUGAUGUAACAGACAUGCAAACAUUUGAUCCACCUGUUGUAGACAUUAGCUCCGUGGCUUCUGUUUCUUCAAUAUCUUCAGCAAAGCCAAGUCCUCCAUUAGCAACUCCUUUUGCACAUCAAGAUGGAGUGAAAAAUAAAGGUUUGCAGCAUCCUUCAGCUUUAUGCCCUCCAAUGGCAAAAACUAAUCUGGAGGGUGAAAACAGAUAUAUUAUGCACACUGUUGACAAGUCAGGCACCAUGGACGAGGCUGUCAGCAUUUCACCGGUUCUGACUAAUGCCUUGGAGCACAUCGUGGAGCAACUUGACAUUCUGACUCUUACUGUCUCAGUCUUGGAGCAGCGCUUGACUUUGACAGAAGAUAAGCUGAAAGAGUGCCUAGAGAACCAACAGAAGCUGUUACUUUCUGUUCAACAAUAAGAAUAAUCAAUAAAUGUGCUGGUGAACAGUUUUUAAUACAUUAUUGGGGAAACAGUGGGUGACGAUCCUAACGUGGAAUAAAAUAUGCCUCUUUUAAAAUAAGUUUUCUAAAGAUCAUUGAUAACAUUGUAAAUAAGGUUUAUUUUUGUCAUUUUAUUAAAUCUAUAUUACUUUUUUCUCAA